AUGGCUAAUUCAAUAUCACAAUCUAACAAUGCAAUGAAUAUAGGUAUAAAUAUAAUUAUUGUAUCGGCGUAUAUUGUUUAUGAAGUCACAAAUGUAACAUUGGGCGAUGAGUGUAGUUUUGAUAAUGAUAUUUAUAAAAUCUGUAUUGAUCCCGACACAGUCUGCUCUAAAACAGAAGGAAAAUGUAAAUGUGAUAGAAACCAUGCUGAAAUAGACGGACAAUGUGUGGAACUACCAGAUAAGUUAUUUAGUAACAAGUAUGAAUACCAAGCUAUUCUUGCCAAUCAAGAGCCCAAUAAAGUUUUGAAUUUCAGUUUAAAUGUUCCUCAAGAAUAUUUAAGAGAUACUAAACUUGAGUUGAUACCACAAGGACGAAAAAUAGAGGUUAACGGAAUAAAUGAAAAUAACGAAGUGCAGGUUAUAGUUAGCGACACUAAACUUCUUCAAUCUGAGGUAAUGAUGUUAAAAGUUGAAACUAUAUAUGGUGGUGUUAAGGUACAUGACUCGAUGUUAUUUAAGUUAGAAAUAGUCAUCAAUGAGACAUUUGAUUCGAUUAGUAUUGAAGAAGAAAAACCUAACGGAACAAGGAUUGACGACUUCUCUUUACCAGGAUUUAAAGAUUUUGAAUUUGUGGACUGUCCAGAAUUCACUUUUAAACAAAAUACGAUAUAUACUAACAAGAUAUUGGACAGAGAAAGGGGUAAUAGUGAAUACCAUUGUAAAAUCAAAGCAACUUUUGAAAAGGAUAAUCAAUGUACUUUCAGGGAUGUUGGAUCUGUCAUAAUUAGUAUAGAGGAUAUAAAUGAUAAUCCGCCAGUGUUUCCUAGACAGACAUAUUUUGGUAAGGUGAAGGAGAAUGAUCCUGAAGCAGUCGUUUUAUUUCAAGACACAAGUGGAAAGAGUGUAAAGAUUACGACAGCUGAUCGAGAUAUAACACCAAAUAACAACAUAACUUAUACUUUAUCAGGCGGAGAUGAUUUACCAUUUUCUUUAACAAAUAAUGACAGAGACGCCGUCAUAAAAGUCAAAAGAAAUUCUAAGAUUGACAAAGAAACCAAAGACAAUUAUAUAUUCAUAAUAGAAGCAUCUGAUGGAAUCAACAAGAAUUCAGCAACAGUAACAAUUGAGAUCAUUGAUGUUAAUGAACCAGCCAAGUUCACAAAGAAGAACUAUACAUUUAAUGUGUCUGAAGAUGAUUCUAACGUGUUUGUUGGAUAUGUUAUUGCUGUAGAUGAAGAUAAAAAUGAAAAAUAUCGGAAGAACAAAUACAACAUCUUAAGUGGUUCUUUUGGAUAUUUUGAAAUAACACAAAAUGGAUCUCUUUAUUUAAAGAAUACAACAAGACAGAAGCAAACUCUAUUCUUUGAACUCAUCGUCUCUGUGUCAGACGAGAAUUUACCAGAAGAAAGGGAGACUACCAAUGUUACAAUUCGUGUUACUGAUGUUAAUGAGAGCCCCAAGUUUAAUCAAUCCCUCUACAAUUUCAUAAUUUUAGAAGGUGACGCAUGCAAGGACGGAAUGGGACAGGUAUACGCUUAUGAGAUUGACUUUAAGGACACAGCUAAUUCCAUCUUUAAGUUUAGUAUAGAAUCCAAUCUGUUUAACGUGGAUCCAGAAACAGGGAAUAUAACCUGCAAGAAUUCUCUAGACUAUGAACAAAAAACAGAAUAUGAAUUAGAAGUUAAGGCUGUUGAUAAAGGAUCACCACCUCUUAGCUCAACAACCAAGGUUUUAGUGAAAUUAGAAGAUGCUAAUGAUAAUGACCCUAUACUUGAUGUUGGCACAAACCCAGUAAUAUUGUGCUCCAACAUACGUAUAAAGGGUAAACCAAUUACUGUAGUAAGAGCUUCGGAUGCUGAUUCUGGUUUAAAUGGACAAUUAACAUUUAGUAUAACCAAGAUUAAUGGUGAAGAUAUAUUUGGUAUUGAUGAUAGUGGAUUAGUAUUUGUCAAAGAAGAAAAUAACACUUUAGAAUGUAAUAAAAAUUACACUGUAGAAAUAACAUGUAGCGAUAACGGUGUAAACCCUCGGUCAGUAAGAAGAAACUUAAAAGUAUCAGUGUCAGCUCAAGGUAUAAAAGGUCUUUUCAAAGAGACAGAAUUUGUUUUCAACAUUACGGAAGGAGUGGAAUAUACCAACUUUCUGGGAAUAGAUUUCAAUCAAGAUGUAGUGUCUCCUACAGCACAAUUAUUUAUCGUAGAUCGAGAUGCUGCCUUACAUUUCAGUCUAAGGAAUAAAACUCUCAUAAUUAAUGGUAUCUUUGAUCGAGAAAACAAGAGUGAAUAUAGGAUCAUUUUGAAAGCUACCGAAACAUCUGGGGUAAAUAAGUCAGAUAUUGCUGUGAUAAGAAUACAUAUAAUUGAUGUGAAUGAUAAUCCACCAGUUAUAACUGAUAAAAAUUACAUAAGGUACUUAAGUUUAUAUGAAGGUAUGAAAAUUGGUAAACCCCUUAUUCGUGUAGAAGCUUCAGAUGCAGAUGAAACUAAGAAUACUCUAUUCACAUACAGUCUAUUGACUCCGAAUAUUCCUUUCAUUAUAAACAGUGCUACUGGCAAUAUAAUAACAUCUGAAAUUCUAGACCGAGAAAAAACCUCUAUAUACCACCUGCUAGUCAGUGUUACAGAUGGAAAUUUCACAGAUGUUGCUUAUAUAACAGUUGAAAUAAAAGAUGUUAAUGACAACCCUCCAGUUAUUCAAGAUCCAGGAUUCAAGACAAUUAACGUUACAGAAAAUCUAGUUCAUCAGGCGAUACCAAUUAAAAUAAGAGAUGAAGAUAGUAUUGGUAGCAUUAAUAUAAACCUGAAUAGAAACUGUCCCCUUAGUUUGAACAACCCUCUUAGUUCGAACGUUCAACAAUCUGGAAGUAUUGCAACAGGAGAACUGAACUUUAAGAGUCUGGAUUAUGAAGAACAGACAAAGUAUGAAUGUAUAAUAACAGCUACAGAUGGGAAUUACACUACCAAUAAAACAUUGGUUAUUAACGUUGUUGAUGUUAACGAUAAUUCGCCAGUCUUUCGCAUGAUUCCCGGAGAAAUAAGGGUCGAUGUUCCUGUUAAUCCAGGAGAUAUUCUGGUUGAUAUGAUAAAUGCUACCGAUGCCGAUUCGGGCAGUAAUGGACAAAUAAUGUUCUCUGUAGAACCCGAGGAAUAUUAUGAAAUUAAUAAGAAUACUGGAGAGAUACGUUUCAAAUCUUUACAAAAUGAUUCAACUUUGGUCAUAACUAUAACUGCAACAGAUAGUGGAAUUCCACCUAAAUCCUCCGUAGCUAAGAUCAAUGUUACAAUUUCGAAUGAUCGACCAAAACCAGAAUUUAUUGGUUUAAGAGAUGACCUGGAGGUAACAGAGAAUAACGUGUACCAGAAUCUUUAUACUGUCAAAGCUAAUAUCAGUAAUAUCACACUAGCAAAUGGCGAAAGGCAAUGUGAAUUUCAAUACAGUAUAAAAGGCAACUCAAAUUUUGAAAUUGAUGAAAAAGGUGGUAAUAUAAGCCUUGUUAAGGCACUUGAUAGAGAAGAAUUAGUAUCCCUUGAUAGACUUGAUAGACUUGGUAGACUAGGACUGGUUGUUGUGGCUAAAACAGAAUGUGGUAAUUUUCCGGUGUCAUCAUCUACCACUUUGUUUAUUACGAUAAUGGAUGAAAAUGAUAAUAAACCUGAAUGUAAACAACAACUACAACGAAUUGAAAUUUUACAGUCUUUAUCAAUUAAUGAUAAAGUUGGUCAAAUAGAGGCAAAAGAUGACGACGAUGAAUACAAUGGUAUACAGACGUAUGCUGCUACAUCAACUUUAGAAUAUUUUUUUAUUAAUCCAAAAACAGGGCUGAUUUCACUGAAAAAGAAAUUUCCAACUUUAAGAAAAGCUAAAGAUUAUUUGAUAUCUGCUCUUGUUGCUGACCCAAAUAACAACUUGGUGUGUAACAUCAGUAUUACUGUUAAUCCAGAUAAUUUUAAUGCUCCAGUGUUUUCACAAAGUAAAUACACCACAUCACUAGAUAUUGGUGCUAAGAAAGGAGAAGUUUUAGUUGUAGACGAUCUGAAAGCAAGUGAUAAAGAUAAUGAUACUAUAACAUACAAUCUGGAUCCCGAAGAGAGAUUAUUUCGGAUUAAUUCUUCCACCAAUGGUCCUAUAAUAACAUUGACAUCAGAUAUUAAAGUUGAUACUCAGACUGUAAUUAUACUGAAAGUGUACGCUGUAGAUGAUGUUUCUCCAAUUAAAACUGGAACAUGUACAAUAGAGAUUGCUAUAGAAGGCCAGUUUUGUCUACAGGAAUCAUCAUAUAGAGGAGUUAAAGCGGAUGCAGAAACAGCAACACUGUUUCAGAUACUAUUCUAUGGUAUGCUAUCGGCUUUGAGUUUAUGUGUCGUGUUGCUGGUUAUAUUAUGCUACAAGUGGAGGACACUAAGUCGAGAGAAAACCAAGAAAUUCACAUUAUAUAAAACUAUGAAUCGCAGACCUCAAGUCUAUGAUGAAGUUGGACACGCCGAGGACAAUAGAGGAUUUGAUGCUGUCAGCGUGGAUGGGUCAAAUUAUUAUUACACGAUAGAUGCACAUAAUGACAAAUUAAGUACAAGAAGUGCUGUGAUGUUUAAUGAACCUCCCCCAGACUACCCAAAUUGAUUUAAACUAGCCUUACAAUUUGCAGUAAAAAAAUCAUACCUAAAAAAAU